AUGUUCGAGACCGACAUUGACAUUCUGUGUCCUUCUCAAUCUACUCUCACCACCAAUGACAACUCUUCCAUUGACAACGCGAUCAAACUGCAGACAAGCCUUGCGCAACAUCACCUACAAAAGCUUUUGUUGGCUCUUAAUGUGAGAGCAUCGCUACUCGUGAAUGCCGAACGACUCGAUCUAGCAAGGAACGACGCCAUCGCUAUGACGAAUCUAGCACCUUCUUCACCCUUGGGUUAUCUUUGUGGCGGUGGUAUCCAUUCACUUCGCUUGAAUUACGCGUCAGCAAUCAGAACGUAUGAUAAUGGAUUGAAACGAGUAUCACGCUCUCACCCACAAUAUGAUCGACUUCUGCACGCACGAGCAACAGCAUUUGAAAAGUACGACACACGUGUUGAUUUCAUCAGCAAGUUACCAUUGGAUAUCGUGACACACAACAUUAUACCAAGGCUAUUGCAAGGUCGAAGACUAGUUGAGAUUGAAUUCGCAUGCCAGUAUUUUUAUGUAUCGCGUACAUGGCGACAACGACUAGCGUUAGCGAGUGGAUUGCAUUAUGAAAUUGGACCGGUAGCUUUAUCUGCGGUAGGAUUUGAGCGCGUACAGGAUCUGGCACCUUUUAUGAGAUCAUUGGCAGUCAUCCAGCCGAUGAGAGAGAUCUUAUCCAAAAUCACCAAACGGCGUCUUCGUAGAUUCAACAUGUUGAAUAAAUUGCGUGUGGUUGAAAGUAUCUCACGGGGACCUACUUUGCUACUUUCAUCGCUACGUUCAUUGAGCAACACAUUGACGGAUCUUGAUCUUGAAUAUGGACGCUAUCUACCAGCCAAGAAACCGUAUCGAUUAUGCGACAUUUUGGAUGCAUGCCCGAACCUUUUAUCAAUUCGUAUAUCGUGUGGAGACAUUGACAUGUCAUCGACCAGCAAAACCUAUCCCAAGAUUAUUAAGUUGGAAGUAUGGAAUCGGGAUGCUGAAGUGACCCAAGACAACAUCCUUUCUCUUUUUGGACCGUUUCCCAAUCUACGUUACUUGAAAUUGUAUCCUCCGUUGGGGUCUUUUAUGCUUCCAGUGAUUGAUCAGCAUUGUCCAUUAUUACAGCAGCUCAUAUUGACAGGACGCACGCCUGACUUUUAUGAUGUGGAUGACAUGCCAGAGGGAAAUACAGGUCUACGUCUUCUCAGUGUUCCCACCAGUGACUUUGAUGACGGCUUCAAGGAGGAUGAGAUGGUGCAAUACUUGAUCAAACACAGCGAGACAUUGGAGGCCUUUGGUAUCGUAGCGUCAAGUCGCUUUAGUGAACCAAGAACAUUACUACAAGAUGCAACAAGUCAACAAGUAACAUUCAAAGUAUUACGCCAAAUCAACUAUUUGCAUGAUUCGGAGGAGAGCUUGAUUUCAUUUCUUUUGUGGAUGAUACAACAUGCACCUUGUUUGGAAUCGGUGGAGACUAUUUCUGGUAUUGAUCAAGCACCCAUUAUGGAAGAAUUGACGCGAUCAAAUCACAAGCAUCUCAAACGAUUGGGUAUGAAAGCCAGCCUUUUUCCAGCGGACGUGGAAGAGGGCUUCAUGCAGCAUCAUGUGAACCUUGGACAGCAAUCGAAUCUCACCGAAUUGAAAAUUGAAAUCCCAAUUGAAUUUAAAUACGACUCUUGGAUUGCGCUUGUUCCUCGAUUAACGCAGCUCACCACGAUUGAGUUUUGCACCUCGAGGAUGUAUGGAUUUAAGUCCUUGGAUUCGCUCAUGCCACAGCUGGCUAAUGGAUGCCCUGCCUUGGAAAAACUCAUCAUGUCAAGCGAAAUGGAACCUAUGCGUUUCAGUGAUCUUUAUCCCAUGGAUCGUCAUCGGAAUCUCAAGCAUAUCAUUAUCAAGUGCGAGGAUAUAUAUGGUGGUGGGACCACGUUUCGAGAGCGUUUCACCAAUAUCGAAUCGUUGCAUCUCAGCGCUCUUAGAUACAGCUCGGCGGAUAUUGAUAGCUUAGAAAAGGCAUCCUUUAAAUUUGUGUUUACAGAGAUACUAUCUGAUGCUCCUUACUUUGUAAAUGAUCUCGAAGGUAGACUUUGGUAA